AUGUCACGGCCAUGUGACUACUCGGAGUCUGGCCAGCAGCCAGCUUCCGAAGGCUUUGCAAUGCUAAAGCAGAAAAUCACUGAUCUCGAGGCUCGGCUAGACGGGAGACGAUCUGAUCUAGGAUGGCACGAACCCAUACGCUCUGUGAGCAGGAGUCCUGCAUCAACCACCGACCUCGCCGCUGUCCAGGAUGCUUCAGCGUUCCCCCCAAUGUUCUUUCUCGACGCCGAGGUUUUCCGUGAAAGCGACAUGAAAAUUGUCAAGCCGAAUAUUCAGGUACCAACCGAAGUCGCCAGCACUCUUGGUACCUCCAUCCUCGAUAUCCAAGAUGUGGUAGACCGAUACUUCGAAAACAUCCACACCUGGCUUCCAUUCAUCUCCAAGAAGCGGAUGGAACUCGCUUUGUCGAAUCCUGGCCUUGAACUGUCUCUCGAAUUUGCCAUGUUAUUACUUGCCAUGAAGCUUAUCAUCCAGAUCCCUUCGGGAGGCUCGCCGAGCGUCCGAUCCCCCUUGUAUGCUCUCACCAAGCGAUAUUUCGCCAUGGUCGAGUCUAGCGGUAUUAUUUCAUGCCAGACACUUCAAGCCAAUAUCUUGAUCAGUGCCUACGAGAUCGGCCAUGCGAUCUACCCCGCAGCAUACUUGACUACUGGGCAUUCUGCUAGACUCGGACACGCUUUGGGCCUCAAUGAUCGGACUCAUGCCCCUCAGAUUCACAAGAGAAAGGCAAGCGCAUGGGCAGAAGUAGAGGAGACUAGGCGCACAUGGUGGGCAGUCAUGCUUCUAGACAGAUAUGUCAACAUUGGUAGCCAGGGUCAUCCUCUAGCAACAGAUGAUCCGGCGAGGAAUGACAUGUUACCAGUAGACGAUGCAAUGUGGGAUGCGGGUGAAAUGACGACAAGUGAGCCUUUAUAUGUGUCUUCUCCCACCAACGUUCGAGCGGAUUCGUUUGCACGAACCUGUCAGGCAACCCACCUUCUGGGCCGACUGAUACGCCUAUUGAACGACAAUUUACUCGAGUCACCAGCACGUUUUACCGAGGCGAUACAGUUGCAUCGCACCGUACAAGCACUGGCCAAUCUAGUCCCAGCCGAUGUUCAACGUUCCCCCGAACGAUUCGGAACCUCGAUAGCAUUAUGCUACAGCGGCAUUCUUCAUCUUUCUGACCCAUUUGCAUGUACCGAGUCCAACCGAGGAGAUCAUACGGUCGAAGAGACUGAGAUGCAAACAAUUGCUAUCGCCAGCAUGCGAUCCGCCGCGCACGACGCAUUGCAAUUCAGCCACUUGUUGAAGAUAAGCAUGGCCAGGAACCCGCCCUCGAUCAGUCCACUCGUCGCCGACUGUUUCUAUAUGGCCGCUGCGACUUAUGCUUGGCUGGUUCACGAAACUGGAUCUAGAGAGGCUGCAGAAUCUUACCAUUCAUUAAGAGGAGUUCUUGAACUGAUGAGUGCUCGUUGGGCGGUUGCUACUCAAUACUUGGCAAUCUUGAAUAAAGCUCAGGAGACGCUAUAUCCGCAGACCGCCCUUCUUAUUCAACCAACCGCGGCGUGA